AAGACUAUUUACUGUUCUUGCAGAGGACAGGUUCAAUUCCCAUCACUUACCUGGAGGCUCACAAUCAUGUAACUCCAGUUCCAGGGGAUCUGAUGUCCCCUUCUGACCUCUAGGGCUCCUGUUGUAUACAUACACACAUUCAGGCACACAAACACAAAAUUAAUUAAAAGACCAGCAGAAGAGGCCCACAGAACACAGAGAAAUUCACAGACCUCUGUUCCUACCAUCCAUGGCUCCCCUUAAAAGUGAAUAUGGCCCACUCCCCAUUUGCACUUCAGCAGAAAACAGGAAAGCCCCCAAGCCGGCCCUAGGCACCCCUGGUAACUUUAGUAAGGACAUCCCUGCCCCUUUUCACCCCCUUAGGACUCUGGAAUCUGACCCCUCUUAAGGCAAGCCCAGGUAAGUCUGAGAAUCAAAGAUACAUCCUGACCUGUUAUGACAGAAGUAGCUUCCUGUCAGACACUGGCCACUAUGGCAGUAAGUGGGACACGUAGCUUCAGCUACAUGCCUGUCAGUGGUAGCCCUAGCUGAAAAGACCACCUCAGUUCAACAGUGAGUUGCAUGAGAAAAGAGAACAGGCUGUUCAAUGCCUGUGUGUCGUGUGCCCGUCCGUGUUGUCCCAUGUACCUCAUUCCAUUCAGUCCUGCAGAGCCUGAGGACAGCCCUCACAGACGUCAGCCUCAAGCACUGCACAGAACUUCUCUCUCAAAAUCAGGCUAGGAACCCUGACUGUGUGCCAGAAUCGCAGGUGAAGGCCUGGAAAUUUACACCUGCCCACCCCAAGGUUCUGAUUCAGAUCUGGGUUGGGGCCCAGAUGUGGGUAGUUCUUAAAGUUCUACAGAGCUGCUGGUACAUAGCCAGGGUACAUCUGGUCCAUGCACAUUCCCUGGGUACCCUUCCUCACUCCCAGCAUCUGUUUUUGUAGGUAUUGGUUAGCAAAUACCAAAUUGCCAUCACCUAUCACCUAGCCCCACUGCCUUUACUUUACUCCUGGGUACACAUUCAGCUCCUUCCAGGGCAUGUCUCAGGAGAGUCCACAGAUCUUUCUAAUUCAGCAUGUCCAACACUCUUUUCACAUGACCCCCUCCCUCCACAUCUGAACCUCUCCUGGGAAGAGCCAAUUCCUAGAAUUCAUCCUUCUGUGGUCACCCAGGCCAACGCUAAAGGCACACCUUUGUUCAUUUUACCACCUCACUUUGUCCAAUUAGGCAAAAGGGAAUGUUGGGGAAUGGGUUCUGGAACCCCCAACUCCCUACAACCCUGGUCAGGGUUUAUCCUAUUGGCCCCAGCAGCCUGCACCCCUCUUCUGUCUUGUUUAUCUCAAAACCACACUCCGGUGCAGUCAUUCAACGAAAACCCGUGUCCGACCACACUCAGACUCCGUCAGUUGUUCCCCAGCAUCUUCGUGAUGAGCUCCGGACUUGUUAGUAGAACCUUCCUGAUCAUGGCCAUCAACCAACCUCCAGACACCUGUCAGUCAAAUUGCCUUAUCGCACCUCAGACUCCAGUUCAGUACUCUGAGGUCCUCUGAUUCUUCACCCCUAGUCCCACACACACUAUCGUUCACUGAGUGUGCGUGAGUUCCUCUGAAGCCCAGGCCCUGAAACUGAACAAACAAACUAGUCUCCCCUUGGACUGUGGGAGCCCAACGCAGAGCCCUGCCGCUCCGAGGCAACUGAGCCUUCUGGGGUGGGGGCGAAGGGAUCCCAGAGCCACUAUUUGAUGAUGCAGAGUAGCUAGCCAGACCCCCCACGACUGCUCAGCCCAAGCUGGAACUCUCCUCCAGGCUGCCCCUCCUUCGGCCCCCUCCCUCGCUCUCUCCCGCCCUCAGCCAGGCCUCCCAGUUCCCUACUUUGCGUGACUACCAACUUCGAAUUCCCAGUUUCAGCGUCUCGCUGCAGCCCGCGAUCUCUACUCUGCCUCCUGGGGUCUUCUCCAAAUGUCUAGCCCCCAUCUAGGGGGACCUAACCUAGCCAGCGGGGACCGGAUCCGGAGGGUGGAGCAGCCAGGUGAGCCCUGAAAGGUGGGGCGGGGCGGGGGCGCUCUGGGCCCCACCCCGGGAUCUGGUGACGCCGGGGCUGGAAUUUGACACCGGACGGCGGCGGGCAGGAGGCUGCUGAGGGAUGGAGUUGGGCUCGGCCCCCAGAUGCGGCCCGCGGGCUCUGCCAGCAACAAGUCCCUCGGGCACCAGCCCUCGCUACGACUGGGGCUUGGAGCCCUGCACCCGAGGGCACAGACCGGCUGCCAAGGCCCCACUUUUAACUAAAAGAGGCGCUGCCAGGUGCACAAUUCUGGGCAUGAUCCAUUUGAGCUUCGGGGGAAAGCCCAGCACUGGUCCCAGGGAAGGUGCCUAGAAGGACACGGAGCGGACCCCUUUGGUAAGUAUACGGCUGGUGGAUAGGGGUGGCAAGGGCUGGAGGACCAAAUAUCCCAAAUGGUAAGAAAGGAGAAACUGAUCAGAGCUGUCCUCGAGGAGUCCCCGACUUGCUCCUAGGCUCCCCCUAGCGCAGAUACCCCUAAGGCUGCCUUGCCUGACUUUCGCUCCAUCUGGGAGAAUAGUAACCAGCUUGGUCUCUGGGGAUUUGAAUCUAGUUAGCCAACAGGCACACACCUAGUUUUGGAGGACCACUUCCUAGAUUAAGGCCUAGGAGAUAUGUGUCUUGUCCUGGAGUCGUCAUGUGUAGCUCCCCCUCCCCAUGGAUUCUGUGUGUCAGCAGAAGGAUGGAGGGUUACAUCUGGGACCCAAGAAGAGUCUAGCUAAUGAGAAUUCUUGAAAGCUCUUAGGGUCCCAGAGCGGUGGGCUCACUGGUGGUACCGGCUGGGAUCAGAAAGGAUGGUUCAUGGAGGAAACUCCUAGAAGCAAGGCUGGGGUGCCAGAUCCACCGAAGGCAGAUGGCCUAGGCUUGACCGGGCUUUCAGAACGGUUCGGCCCUCUGAGACCAGGUUGGUGUGGAGGACUAGGUGGUCCUUCGGGAAAUGGCUCAGACCUAAAUGUGCAGAGCGUGUGCAAAAGCCCCCUCCCCUUAAGUCCACAGGCUUGACAAGCUCUGCCCCCUGGUGGCCACAGGAAGCCAUGGUCCAGGCCCUGUGUUUUUCAGAAGGACCGUCCUUUCCCCAGAUAAUAGACAAAGUCUUGGAAGACAUCUGUGGGCAUAAGAGAGAACUCAGGUGACACCGGGUCCAGAACAAAGAUUACAGGAGGUCUAGGCUCCCAGUCAUCAGAUAACCCAGUGACCAACUGACACUCAAAUUCUCCAGGGCUCUGCUUCCUCCCCUGAGAUGUGGAGUGAAUGCUGAGCAUGGAGCGGAGGGAGCUCAAGUUACCACUUUCUCCAGCCACCCUGGUACCUUCAGCCCUGAAGUACAGAGCAGAAGGGUCUUAGAAGACAGGACCACAGCUCUGCCUCAAGAAGAGGGUGGGGAAACAGAUCCACGAAGGCUGAUGGGAGCUCCUGGAGUUGAAAGCGAUGGAACUGGGACUUGGAGAGCCUACUGCAUUGUCCCACUGCCUCCGGCCUAGGUGGCAACCAGCCUUGUGGCCAACCCUAGCUGCUCUAGCCCUGCUGAGCAGCGUCACAGAAGCUUCCCUGGACCCAAUGUCCCGCAGCCCCGCCUCUCGCGAUGUUCCCUCGCCGGUCCUGGCGCCCCCAACAGACUACCUACCUGGGGGACACACCGCACAUCUGUGCAGCGAAAGAGCCCUGCGACCACCGCCGCAGUCUCCUCAGCCCGCACCCCCACCACCCGGUCCCGCGCUCCAGUCUCCUCCCGCUGCGCUCCGCGGGGCACGCGCGGCGCGUGCAGGAACCCGGAGCAGCCGCGCACGGGCUACAGAUGCGCGCGGCUGCCGCCUGCGCUCACAGCUGGUGCCGGUGAGCGCUCUCGGCCUGGGCCACAGCUCCGACGAGCUGAUACGUUUCCGCUUCUGCAGCGGUUCGUGCCGCCGAGCACGCUCCCCGCACGAUCUCAGCCUGGCCAGCCUGCUGGACGCCGGGGCCCUGCGGUCGCCUCCCGGGUCCCGGCCGAUCAGCCAGCCCUGUUGCCGGCCCACUCGCUAUGAGGCCGUCUCCUUCAUGGACGUGAACAGCACCUGGAGAACCGUGGACCAUCUCUCCGCCACCGCCUGCGGCUGUCUGGGCUGAGGAUGAUCUUCAAGCUUUUGCACACUGGACCCAUAUGUCGCCCUACCUGGAACAGCCCCACGGGGCCUCACUAGCUAGGAGCCUCAACUCAACAGGAAGUGGAAGCUGCAGAGCUCAGGCCUCAGGCCGAUGAGGGACAGACAGAGCCUGGAAAGAUGACCGAACCACUGACCAACAGUCCCAAGGUGUUCAUGGAUCCCAGCUCUACAGACAGCAGAAACCUCAGCUAAAGAGAACUCCUCUGGGUGAAUCCAGAAAUGGCCCUAGGACCUCGGGAGUGCAUUUUGAGGAGAUAUAUUGUAGUCGCGUUGCUGGACCAGCCUGUGCUGAAACCAGCCUUGUGUUCACUUGUGGAAGCCGAAGCCCUAUUUAUUAUUUCUAAAUUAUUUAUUUACUUUG